UAUAUGUGUGCAUGAAAGAUGAAAGCAAGGGAAGGCGAAGAGUCAGGAGAUGCGCAUGAUUGUCCUAAUUUUCGCACUCCUUUCUACACAAAAGUCGCUACAAACAUAACUGACACAACGACAAAAGAAAAAGAGAGAGAGUGAUUAAACAAUGAAAGAGCUAGCUUUGACUUCUUCACACCCUAAGCCAAAUUGACCGUUUGUCCAUGUACGUCCUCAUCAAUACGUACUCGUCAACGUCCAUUAGGAUUACCCAAACAAUACAAAUCUCAAAACUCAAAAGACUAACUGCCUCAAAACAAACCAUGUGUAGUGUGAUAACGCUGAAAUGCCCACAAAAUGUAACGUUUUGUAACCUAAUCGUUAAUCAUACUCUUAUCGUCAAAUUUUCAUAUAUUGAAGGGAUUUGUAUUAUUCCAGAGUUGUUAUAUCGUUUUCAAUUAUUAACAAACAAAAACGUCAUACCUUCCCUCGUGAACAAGAAAGCACACAAAAGAGGAGCGUUACAUUUAUUUUAAUUCAGUUCAUUUUUAAAUAUUUUCUUUUCUUCUGCUUCAUGUCUUCUCUCCCAUUAUACAUCCUCCUUAACUUUUCCUUUUUAAUGUUCAAAUGAAUCCACUCCCUAUUAAGGUUUUCUUUUUCGUCUACUUAAUCCCAACCCAUUUCAUAUAACGUCAAAAAAGUUAUUGGGUAUCAUUACAAGAACACAAAGACAUGGGUUUUACUAAAGAUGAAGAUCGGUUCUGUUCAACGCCCAAGCUUCCUCUGUUUUCAUAUCCAAUGAACAGACCAUACGAAACUCCGGGAUUAGCUACACCGCCCGUUAACAUCCCCGGUUCUGUUCCUUUUCUAUGGGAAGAAGCUCCCGGAAAGCCUCGUUCUUCCGCUAGAAAACCGCCGAGAACGAACCAGACCAGAGGAAACAGAGGAGUUGCGAGAUGCUUGGACCUUCCUCCUCCGCUUCUUUUGCCAGGAGAAGCUUGUAAAUCGUCUACGGCAAACGAGCCUUCUCCGACCACUGUUCUCGACGGUCCAUACGAUUUGCGUCGCCGUUCACUGUCGCUACCGAGAUCGGCGGCUGUGAUCAGGAAGUUGAGAGGUGUCCCGGCGCUGGAGGAAAUGAGACCGUUUGGGUCAAGUAGAUGGGGAAGUUUAGGGAAUUGCAAAGAGUUGUCUGAGGGUAUAUAUGACUUUUCACGUUUUAGAGACGGCGGCUGUGAUUGCCGGAAGGAUUGGGCUGGAGGAGGAUAUGAAUUCGCCGGCGACGGCGGUACAACAGUGAAGCUUUUCAGACGUCUUAAAAGGAAAGGAAACCUUUUUAAUCUCUCUCAUGCAACAAAGUCAGACUUCUUGGCAAGGGUUUACGAAGGGUUUAAGCAAGUGAUUCCAUGGAGGCGUAAGCAAGAGAAUCUACAAAGGACGAAUUCUUCCACUAUUUAAUCGAAUCUCCAUUCAAUUUCUUCUUACUUUAAGUAUAGACUAUAGUUUAUAUACUAAUUAAUUAGUCUUCUCGUGUGUAUUAUUUAUUUAUAUAUAAUAUGUCAAUGAAACAACUUGUAUUAAAGUUAAGAAUUAAUAUCUAGGGAAUUCGAUUUUUACUACAUGUAUAUGAUACUUUUUUAAAUAGAAA